AUGGACCCGCUCACGGCAUUCUCUCUCUUCUGCAACAUCGUUACGACUGUAGAUGCGGCCAUCAAGACGGCGAAACAACUGAAGGAGCUGUACGAUGCGCCACGCGGGCUCACGGGCCAUAUGGAGCGCGUCCGGCGAAGCGCUGCUCAGCUGGGCCAACUCGUGAACAAACUGGACAGCGAGCGACGCAAGGUUUCCUCAGAAUCUCAUCAGCGUGGGCUUUUCGCCGAUAUUGCAAGUGAUUGCAAAGACAUGGCCGGAAGGAUUGAGGAAAUCAUUCGCGAGUGCCGAGUUGACGACCGCGGUCCGAGGAUAUGGGCUGUCUCUAAAGCCCUUUUUCGACAUGGAGAGACAAAGUCUGAGCUUGACAGGCUGCUAUCAGAGAUGCAGUCGAAGAUGAAGACAUUGCAUUUAUCCAUAACAGCAGCGAGCGAGGCCGAGCUACGCACACUCAAGGGGCAAUUAUGCAAACAUGGUUUGCAGCAGUCCGAGAUGAUGAAGAUACUGUCAUCCAUCGGAAAUGAUCUUUCGAUAGAGAAAGAUCUCCUGGCGAGCUUGCAAGGGCUGUCCAAGGCGUUCCAGGAAGCUCAGGUCUCGAUGCGCCAUGCCGCUAUCCUGAAAGUCCUCAAGCCCAGGGCCGUGUACGAUCGCGAGGACAGUAUCAGAGAACGUCACUCGGAGACUUUCGAUUGGAUCAUAAAUCCACCGGAUGACAGAAAGUCCUCUGAGGAUAGUAAUCCCAAUGGAUCGACUCAGAGUCGCGGCUCCCAUGAUGCAGCAACAUCGAGCGUCCGUACCGGGGACCAAAUUCGCGAUGUCGGCUUUGUCAAAUGGUUGACGGAAGGAUCUGGCGUGUUCCAUAUCGCCGGGAAGCCGGGCUCGGGGAAAUCCACGCUCAUGAAGUUUCUAGUCGGCGAACCCGCUGUGCGAACUUACCUCGAGCAAUGGGCCGCGUCAGCAAGCAAGGAGCUUAUCUUUUCCCAAUUCUUCUUCUGGAAGUACGGCUCCGUGGACCAAAAAACUUUCCGGGGUCUGCUCCGCGCCUUGCUGUACGAUAUAUCAGUCAAGGACGCGCGCGUGACAAAGGCGUUAUUUCCGCGGCUCUGGGGCGACAACGAGACCUGGUUCAUUCCGGAGGCAAGUCAUAUUACGAUCAGGUCCCGGGAUAUACGCGAUGCAUUUGAUAAGCUGCGCACCGAUGGGUACCUGCGCCAGACGUUCCGCGUGUGUUUCUUCAUUGACGGCCUAGACGAGCUCGACGAGCAAGAGAAGAACCUCAAAGAUCUCGCUAGGGACAUAAAGGCGUGGACAGAAGGCCCCGAAGGCACAACCUUCAUGAAGCUCUGCGUAUCGAGCAGAGAGGAGUACCCUAUCAUGAGCACAUUCCCGUCCACUCAGCGGAUCCGCCUGCAGGACCUCACAAAGAAUGACAUUUCGACCCUAGUCGAGAACACGCUCGGUGCCGAUGAGCAUUUUUUAGCCCUCAAAACGGGCAAUGAAUAUGCUGCUAGGUAUCUGCUUGACUCCAUCGUAAAGGAUGCCCAGGGCGUCUUCCUCUGGGUGGUCCUCCUGAUCAAAAAGAUCGAGAUUGAGCUUUCUUCCAAUAUUGCCUCCCUUGAAUCCUUAGAGAACAUUAUACAGACAACUCCCAAGGAGCUCGAAGGAUUGAUUGAAGAUUUACUGAAGUCAAUCGAGAACCAUUACAAGCACGGCGCCUACUUCGUUCUGUCGAUGGCUCUCCGCUUUACGGGCUGCCAUCUUAGCAAGGAAGGCUCACUUGAUGAUAAGGAGCAGGCUAUUCAUCAAAAUACUUUCGAUAAUAUGCUCUACAAUCUCGAGGAGUAUGAGUACGAUGAGAUCAAGCUUCCAGCCUACGGAAUCGCAAAAGUGCUAGACGAGUUUCCAAGAGAGAGCGGCGCAUUCAAUGCACGACCAUGGCAGAAAUGGGUGACGCGACAAGAGUACGAGGCUGCGGCAGAUCGAGCGGCAGACAAGGAAAUUCAUGCCCAUCCACGCAUCUGA